AUGAAUAACCGAAAAAGUGUAAAUUCGGGAUCCCGGCUUGAUUACUCAUACUCGUCAACGGGUGAUUUCCCGUUGAAAAGCAGUCAAGAUAACUAUUAUUACAAAAGCUUAAAUAAUGGCUCAAAGACUAAUAAAUACAAGUCCAAGACUCUGAGCAGAAGCAAAUAAUAACAGGUACGACCACGAACACCAGAGUAGAAAAGUCGCACUGAAAAAUAAUUUUCUACAAAACCUGAGUUCAAAUCUGAAAGACGAGUACCAGCAAGAACAAGACUCGGAACAAGACAAACUCUUAAAGUCUCUCAGCAAGGCGAUGACAAUUGAGAAAGCCAAUCUUGACAAUGUCAAUAAAUAAAAUACACAUGUACAACCAAAGACACCAAGACUUGCCUAGACUGCUUGUCGACCAGGACCAGAAGAAACAUGAACUCGUUAAGAUCAUGUCUGAAAUCACUGAGGACUCCGAAGAGACUUUGGAGGUUUCGGACUUAUCAUCCAAAGAAGUCGAUGCUUACAUCAGCAGACUCCAAGAUAUCAGGAAUACUUUGAUGCACCAGAAAGAUGACUACUCCAGAGAGGUCACCCGACUCGAAGGCAUUGGCUCACAACUCAAAGCUGAAGCAGAGUCGAACAAAGCUGAAAACUCGUUAAAGAUUGCUCGACUGUCAAACGAGCGGAGAGCAACUGCACAGAAGAAAUGUCUUCUUGACAAAGAUGUCAAGUUGCUUAAAGAGAAACUUCUUCAACUUGAUGAAACUGUUUCGAUGACCAAGGAAGACCUCACCAGCAAGCUACUACAGAGAGCCAACUUCGUGGCACAGAGAGAAGAGCUCGACGAGAUCUACGAAAUCAGCAAAAAGUCGUAUGGACCAGACUUCGAACUGUUUUGAAAGCUGCAGCAAAGCCCGACCAGUCAGCUUUUACACGAGUACACAAGACUAAAGCAUCAAAACUUUUACUUGGACAUUCUACAACAGUUGUUGAAGUUCUCGAAAUCGAAGGAUCCUCAGAGUGAAAGUGGCUCUGACUUUGAAAGCGAAAUGAGGACUCCACCAUACAACAUCAACACAAUGGAGAUCGAAAGAUUGAUCGAGAAAGUCAAGCACACUUCACCUGAUUCCCAAUACAUUGAAGACCAAAUCUGAGACAUUUCUAAGAAACUGGACUUGUCACUGAAACAUCAUGUACUGUUUCAAAAGAAACAAGAAGUCAGUGAAAAGACCGACAAAGCCUAUAAAGACAAACAUGCAUUCAAGAUUUUCAAGGAAAUCCAGAAGUGAGAACGCAACAUCAAACAAAACUACUCUUAUGUGGACGACUCAAUCAUCCCACAGCUGAAAGCACUCAGUGUUGAUUACAAAGCCAAACAGAAGCGGUACAAGAAAUGAAGAAGUCUCUGCAAAGCUACGACGACCCUGUUGAAUAAACUAGAUGCUCAGCUCCAAGAACUCCAUGCUCAGAGGAAACACAAAGGCGACUCAGACAACUCUGGCGGCUGGGCCUUCGGCAAACUCUCAAUCAACAAUAUUCCUCUUACCGAAGAGGACGACACCAUUAAUGCUUUGAAGCAUAGACGAAGCACAGCAAUGGCUCAACUCAACAACUGUACCAAACAAAUAAAUGAAGUAGACCAGAAAAUUCAGAUUUUAAACGACUUCAAACAGAGAAACGAAAUGCAGCUUCGUCAAAGUGUAGACGAGCUCAAGUACGAACUCAUGGUGGUCAGACAGGUUCUUUCGACUCUCGAGAAAGAAAAGUGCACAAUCUCGAACAAACUCACUUCAAUCGAGUCAAAGUACAACGAAGCCAAAGAGUCAUUUAAAAACGCAGAAGAAAUGUUGGCUUCUACAAACAGAAUGAUGAUAAACUGCAGCAUGAAGGAAAGCAACACAUCAGGGAGCUUACAGAACGGUGAUAAUUCAAAUAUGUACAUGCACAAUAGUUCAAAUCCAAAGCUUCAAACUGACGAGAGUAGUCAGACAUUAAUUUCCAAGCAAACAAAAAUAGAUUUUAAUAAUGAUUCGCCAAUCGAUGAAAUAGUAGAAGAAAAGCAUGAUAUUGUUGCUACAGAAAUAACAAAUAAGAAUACAAAUCACAUGAAUGCUUUUAGAAACUCUACCAACUUUAGCGACAGUAUCACAACUAGUAAUUUAAACUACGUUAACAAUCGCAAAAACAGUAAUUCACAUAAAUAAGCAGCCUGAGUUAAAGCAUCAGAAUCCCAUUUCUUUGAAAAAUAUUCCAAAGUCUUUAAAAUAACACAAGUUUUGCUGAAGUGAAGAGAUCAUUUAAAAUAGACUUAACAAAGAUGAGGAAGAAGAUUCAUGAUAGUUUAUCUAUACCACAAGGACAUUUUGAAACAUUUAACAAUACCCCUCAAAAUAUUCAUGUUGACCAAGACAGUAUCUGAAUAACUAGGGAAGAACAAAAAUUUGUCCAGAGCAAUCUGGCUAAAGAAAAAUAUCAAGAACCUCAACACACACUUGAAAAUAGAGAAUCUUCUCAAGAACCAAUAAUGGUGGAGGAAAAUGAAGCAAAAGCGAAGACAAGGAGAGCCUUCAUGGACCAAAAUACGAAUGAAUCUUUCCUCUCAGAUCUCACAGAAGAAGAAAAUUUGAAUAAUUCUAAGAAUAUUGAGAAAACCACUGAAGAAAAUAUAGUUCAGAAUGAGUACGUAUAUCAGAAGGCAGAUAACAAUCCUUAUCAAAGACCAUUGAAUCCUUUCAUUAAUAGAGAGCUCCUGAAAAAGACUAGUAAAGAAUUACUUAAAAAAGGAAAUUAUAAUUCAAGAGAAAACAAUUUUAAUAAUUUUUCAAGUCAAAAUAAUAAAUCAAGAUUUUGAACAAAGAUAAAUCUAAAUAUUUUGAAUUCUGCUGUUAACAGAGGGCAAGCAAAUAGUUCUUAUCACUCUAUUUUCAACAAGCAUAAAAAUGUAAAUAGCCAUAGUCGAAGUUUUAAGAACAACAAGAACUUCUCCGGAAGAAUGGACUCUUCUAUUAAUAAAGGCCCUAUAUUGAUGAAACUUAAUAAGACAAAUAAAAAAUUCCAAAAACGGAAUAAAUCAAAAACUCAAUACUCGUCAUGUUCAUUUCGGAAUUCUCAAGGAUUGAACACGAAUGGGUUGACAAAAAGGAGACCUUCUUCUACUCUUCAACCUGAUAUCCCUCGGAAGAGGUUUAGAAAGCCAUCUAAAACCAAAAGCAUAAGUAAUAAAAGCACUGAAUUUGUGACUAAAAGUGGAAGAAACAAUUUUGGAUUCUCUUCCAGGAAAGACAAAGUUCUUACUGCAAAAGACGAGAAUAUAGUUGUGAUGCCUUCAACUAAAAACAGAUCGAUCGACUAUAAUAAUUCGAGGUGAUAUAGCAGCUGAGAGAAAUCUAUUAUCCAAAAGUUUAGGAAUAAGCAUUCCAGGAAGAAGUCAGCCAAAUUUAAUAGAAAUGCAACUAAGCUAAAACAAGCAAUCCCUUGAACUGAAGAAGGAGAAGGAAUGACUGCAUAUGGAACUAACCGAUCCUGCACUAGGGGGCAGAAUCAUUCUAUGUACUGAUUUUCUCAUUUGGGUAAUUAUGUUCCUUUAUCAGCUAAUGUAAGAAACCAAAGUCAUCAAGAAGAACUCUGAAAUAAAGAAAAUAAGCAAAAAUAUGGGUUUAGGCGAUCUCAAGAGGAAAGGAAUUGUGAAUCUGAGAUUAGAGAGGAGUCUAAUUAUAGGAGUAUCCCCAGGAAUAGUGCCAAAUCAGAACGGCAUUUUGUUGAAUCAAUGAAACCGUUAAUCUUUGGAUCAUCCAUGUAUAAAUAAAUUCAGUACAAAUAUCCUACUCCAACAGAAAGUUUUUGAUCCUUUAAAUGAAAGGGAUGUCAGUCCAGAUAUGUGUGGUUACGGAGUUCGAUAUUUUAAACUUGACCCUUCUUUAAAAUUCAUUGAGGUCAGACUUCCAUCAGACUCAAGAGUAGAACAGAUCAUUGAUAUUAAGGACAUUAUAAAGACAUCUCUACCUCACACUACUGUUGAUAUUAUUAAAUUUCAGAAGAAUGAUGGUUAUCAUUCUCAAGAAUUGAAUAAGUCAAAUGACAAGUCGUGUAUCGACUACUCUAUUUUCCAUGUGAAUGGCAAUAUCAGCAACCUUGUAAAUGCCGGUAUUAUCAACAAAAACUCCCAGCUUUAUCGACAGAAAUGACUUGAAAGUGGAUACUACCCCUUUAGUCUCUUGCUCAGGAACCAAAGAAUGGAGCUGAUUUCUACCAGUUACGAAAUCAUGUAUCAGUGGAUCAUUGGAAUUAACAUGUUGAUCCAUUUCAACAAAAGUUGUAAACGAGAAACCUUGUAAAAUUACUUUUAAUAAAUUCAAUAAA